GGCCACUCGCUAUACGGAAUUUCUCUCUCUUCCAUUUGCUUCUUAUUAUCUCCGACCCUCUGGUUUCUCUCUUAGUCGCUGCUCUCAAACUUUUAUUCUCUUAAGUUCAUUAUCAAGACAUAGUGGCCCACAUGACGGAGCUAAUACUCAGUCGGUUAUCUGUUUUGUCUAUCCAUUAUUUGGAAGUUAUAAUGUACUGGACCAAAUUGUACAUGGCUGAGGACCAAAAAUAGUUGUGGUUAUCUGUUUUGAAAGACAAAUGGAUUUUCAGAGUAACCCACAGGGGGGUGAACAUGGAAGAUUUGAGCAAAUACUUUCUCAGUUUCUUCUUAAAAGCUUGCAUAUUAUUUUGGACUCAAGGGUUCCUUCGAUACGACCUUAUGGUGGUAGUGGGGAAGUGAAGAAGAGUGACAGGUGGUUCAAUUUGGUGUUGGGAGAUCGUCCUGCUGUUCUUGAUAACUUGAAUCUGUUGCACCGGAAUUUGGUGGAACCGAUGAUAAUAGAUAUAAUACUUGUUCAGGAUAAAUCUAGUACUUCAUUGGAGCACGAUUCGAGUACAGGAUUUGCAGGAGGAUAUACAGAAACUGUUGUGGAGAGGUGGGUUGUACAAUGUGAGAAUCGGAGGUUAAUGGUUCCGCACAUGGGUGAUUCCUCUUUCAAAAAAACAUACAAGAAAUGCAUUAUACUACUCCGCUCGCUUUAUUCAAUGAUGAGGCUCCUGCCUGCAUUCAAGGCCUUCAGGAAACUAUCAUUGUCAAGUCAGAGUUGUUAUUUUGAUAUCAAUUAUAAAGUGUCUUCAUUUAGUGAGCCAUUCUCAAGGGCGGAGGAGGCGUUGAUGAAACAAUAUACUUUUAUCCCAGUUGAUUCCCAGCAAGGCCGACUUUCUUUAUCUGUGACAUAUCGGGAAAAUCUGGCGGACUUCAACCUGGAGACUUCUGCAUCCUUUCCGCCUGAGAUCAUUACAGAUUAUGUUGGCAGUCCACUCACUGACCCUAUGAGGUCAUUCCCUUCUACCUCAAUGGAUAAGGGUCCUUCAUUGAGAAGGACACAGUCAUCUUCUUCAGCACCAGUUCAGCGUCCACAAAGUUGGACUAGUGGUCUCCUCAGGGCACCUUCUUUACCUCAACCAUAUGUAGGAUCUCCACCUUUGUACCGUGCACCAUAUGAGCUUUCAACUUCGCCCGGUGAUGUGUAUGGACAGAGGGUACCACCUAACUACAGGUUGCCCACUCUCCAGAAAGAAACUAAUUAUGAUGACGACCAGCUUUCCCCUCCAUUUUCACCAUCUCCAUCUCCUUCUCCACCCACAUAUUUCUCAGGUGCAAAUCCUGUGCAGACUCGUUUGCGUUCAGAAACUGGUCCUGUCAGUAUCCCUCAUCCAUUGAUGGGCAGAAGUUCCAAACACAUAUCUCCUAAUUUGUCUGAUCCAAACAGGCAUUCUCUCCCACCUAUGUCACCUAGAAGCACAAAGCAUGAUUCAUCAUCCCAUGAAUCCCCUUCUGGAAUUAGGUCAUCGAGAAAAGUGGAUUUGCUAAGGGCUCCAGAGUCAGAUACUGGGACUACUAAUCCUGGACAAAAGGUGUCUACAGAUGCUAGAGACGAUUCAGGACGGUUUUCAGGUUUAUUAUCUUCAAGUGGUUCACCACGUGUUGGGUUUUCUAGAAGUUCUAGCAGAUUAUCUUUUCAGGAUGACUUGGAUGACUGUGAUUUUUCUUGUCCUUUUAUAGUUGAUGAUGUUGAUAAUGCUGAUUCUAGAGCCAGACAGACCCUUGAUUCAAGAAAAGGUUCAGACACAUCUUCUCAAGCAUCUGCAACAACCAGAAAAUCUCAAGACGCUGCUGUAGGUGCCCUUGUUCACAUGCUGAGGACUGCCCCCCCUUUGCGUCAAGAUUCUAGCUGUUAUACCUCGCGUUCUGUAAAAACAGAAGUAGAGGGAGAAACUGGCACUGCAUCAGGGUUCUAUGUUCCUAGAAAGGCAUCUGACGCAUUGGAGGAGCUCAAAACUUACACACAAUUGAAAGAUAUGUUACUUUCCAAGAGCACAACCCGCUCGGGCAAUGAGGGUGGACCUUAGUGUGAUGUACAUAUAUACUUUUUGCUAAGGGUUUCGUUAACAAGCAUUUACUGUGGGGAGGACUAACAGAUUCUGUACAUAAGUUAUGGGAAAUGGCAAGUAUUAUAGUCAAUAUAUUACCUGAUUUUGACACUUUUCGAAA